GGCCAGGCUGCCGAGGAAAGGAAAGUGAAAGUAAUUGGGCAGAUCGCGCGGAGCUAAAGGCAAGGCCGCACGCAGUCCCGGCAGCCUCCCUCCACCUCCGGAAACUCGUGCCACACCCGAGGGAUCCAUCAAUGGGCAAACUUUCUGGUCAGAGCUCCUGGAAAGGACAGAGGCAGUGAAAAUCUAAUCAAGCGUGAUCUUAGGCCAGCUCUAUGGCCUAAGGAGAAGAUGGCAAGUACAGGUACCCCCCUCAGCUGCAGAAUGACCACAGGGGACCAGAACCCCGAGGAGCAGAACCCAGAGGAGCAGUUUUUCUAUGAGUUCAUAUUCAGGCUCUUCAAAGAAAAUAAGGUGGAGAUUGCAAGUGUAAUAACAAAGCCGUUUCCUUUCCUCAUGGGCCUCCGAGAUCGGGGCUUUAUCCCUGAGCAGAUGUAUGAGCAUUUUCAAGAAGCUUGUAGAAAUCUGGUCCCUGUGGAAAGAGUGGUGUAUGAUGCUCUCAAUGAACUGGAGAAGAAAUUUGACAAGACAAUUCUGGAUGCCCUGUUCAGCAGAGUUAACCUGAAGGCCUAUCCUGAUUUACUUCAGAUUUGCAGAAAGUUCCAAAAUGUGAUUCGUGAAAACUUCCAUGUCCAUAACAUUGGUGAAGGAGAGACAAAGGAGACACUCAACUUACAAUUAAACGGUGAACAAGUGUCCUUGGAACAGUCACCUCUCCAAAUGAGCAAUGUAAUAAGGUUAGAAGGUGUACCCAGCUUACUGCCAUAUGACAGACAAGGGAACAACAAUGCCUUUUGGGUGGCCUAUGAUGGAGAAGAGCCCCAGGGAGCCUCGAACUUCCUACCAAGAUGUGAGCUGGUUUCCUGUGAGCCCAAAGCUCUUCAAAGAACAAAUGAAGGAAAUUCUGAAGAGAUUCCCAAACUGCAAGCAGGGAACAACAAUGCCUUUUGGGUGGCCUAUGAUGGAGAAGAGCCCCAGGGAGCCUCGAACUUCCUACCAAGAUGUGAGCUGGUUUCCUGUGAGCCCAAAACUCUUCAAAGGACAAACGAAGGCAAUUCUGAAGAGAUUCCCAAACUGCAAGCAGGGAACAACAAUGCCUUUUGGGUGGCCUAUGAUGGAGAAGAGCCCCAGGGAGCCUCGAACUUCCUACCAAGAUGUGAGCUGGUUUCCUGUGAGCCCAAAACUCUUCAAAGGACAAACGAAGGCAAUUCUGAAGAGAUUCCCAAACUGCAAGCAGUGACCUGUUGUCCCAAAGCUCCCCAAAUGACUCACGAAGGAGAACCCCAGGAGGUGAUCAGUCUACUACCAGUAGAGGGAGAAGAGGACAGCAAUGCCUGUUGGGAGGUCUGUGACGAAGAAGAGCCCCACGAAGCCUCGAGCUCCCCACCAAGAUGUGGGCCAGUGUCCUGUGAUCCUGAAGCUUCCCAAAUGACCAACGAAGAAGAACCAGAGGAGCUGCCUAGUCAGCCACUAUGUGAUGGAGAAGAAGGAAGCAGUACCUGUUCAGAAAUGUGUGAUGAAGAAGAACCCCAGGAAUCCUUGAGCUCACUACCAAAAAGUGGAGCAGUAUCUGGCAAACUAGAAGCUCUCCGAAUGAAUACAGAAGGAGAUUAUGAAGAUCUAACUUCUAGUCCACCAUCUUACGAUAGACAAGGAACAGAGCUACCAACAGUUGGAAAUGAGAAGUGUCCUUGUGUUAUGUGUUUCUCAAAAGAUGUGCCAAGAGGUCCAGAAGGAAGUACUGAAAGUAAAGAAGCUAGUGCCAGGAUGGAUACUGUGGAUCUUAGAAACAACUCUACUUUGGGAAAACUCAAGAGGAAAAGAAAAAAAAAGAAAGGGCAUUCCUGGACAAGAGUAAAGAUUAAACGUCAGAGAAACAUACAUCAAAAAGACAACAGCAACGCUGCUGGCCAACUGGCCUCGAGUAGAAAGAAGGUGAAAAUGCAUGUGCAGGACCCUGCCAAAAUCAGCAGGAGAAAGAGAGGCAGACAGAGACUCCACCUAACUCAUAUGACAGAGCCCCACAGAAAAAACUUAAGAGGGCAAAGAAAGCGCAGGUAUGAAAAAGUGGAUUUUCACUAUCAGAUACUUCCUGUGACCUGUGGUGAGGUGAAGGGGAUGUUACAUAAGAAGAAAUUGAAAAAAGGAGUUUGGGUGAAGUGUAUACAGAGUGAGAAUGGAGACUGGUUCACCCCCAGGGAAUUUGAAAUCAGAGGAGGCCACGAAAGAUCCAAGAACUGGAAGUUAAGUGUUCGCUGCGGUGGGAUGCCCCUACGUUGGCUGAUAGAGAAAAAAUUUCUCCGUAACCCUCCAAGGAAAUAUGGCAGGAUGAGAAAGAAAAGAGUACCGAAGUCUCCCGACAAUACUUUAGAUGAUAACCUUUGUCUGGGAAACUCAGAUGAGUGUGAGACGUGCCGGGAUGGAGGAAAGCUGUUUUGCUGUGAUACUUGUUCGAGAUCUUUUCAUGAGGACUGUCACAUCCCACUUGUGGAAACUGAGAGGAGCCUGUGGAGUUGCACCUUCUGCAGGAUAAAGGAGUCUUCAGGAAGCCAGGGAUGUCUCAGGGAAUCGGAGGUCCUGGCAAGACAGAUGCAGCCCGAGGAGCAGUUGAAAUGUGAGUUCAUCCUCUUGAAGGUCUAUUGUCAUACAGAGAGCACCUUUUUUGCGAAGAUUCCAUACUACUAUUAUAUUAAAGAGGCUUCUAAAGACCUAAAGGAACCCAUGUGGUUGGACAAGAUCAAGAAGAGGUUGAAUGAGCAGGGUUACUCCCAUGUGGAGGGCUUUGUGCAGGACAUGCGCCUCAUCUUUCAGAACCACAGGGCAUCUUACAAGUUCAAUGACUUUGGCCUAAUGGGACUUAGACUGGAGGCAGAAUUUGAGAAGACUUUCAAGGAAGUGUUCACUAUUCAGGAAACAAAUGAGGACAGUUCACUGGAAUAGUGGAAGUUGUUAGUGUCCUGGAAAACCCCUUUUGGAGCAGACUUCUCAUCCCCCAGCUGCAUGGAAGCUUGGCUGCUUAUGCCGCCCCUCCCCAGAGCAUUGCCUUCAGCCAAAUGGAGCCAGCUUCACCUGGAGUGUUACAGUUCCUUGGCCUGGGGGCCAGCCUCCAGUGCCAAGGUGGACUCAACCUCCUGUUACAAUUCAUGCUCCUGUGUUCCUCAUGAGAUUGGCUGGAGCUGGUCUGUGGCUGGGAUCACAUCCUUGCUUAGCUUUUCCUAUAAUCCUGCUUCCCUCCCCGCUUUCUCCCAAAGAAACUCACAAUAAAUCACUUACUUAAGAGACUUUA